AUGAGCGCUAUGAUUAUCCAGCUUUCACAGGUUGUGGGAGCUCUCCGAGAGGAGGCAGGCCUCCUCUGGAAAUAUGUGGCAUUCGUGGUCUUCAUUUAUCUUCUCCUACCAAAACCUGCCUACAAGACCAAUGUUAAGGUCCCAACGGUCAAAUUUAUGAGCCCUUGGCUUCCGGGAAUUAUAAGUCGUUUGCUUUUCAAUUCUAACGCCCCAUCCGUAAUUUACGAUGGCUAUUCAAAAUAUAAAAAUUCAUUCGGUUACAAGAUUCUGAAACCGGACGGUGAUUUGGUUGUGUUAUCAACGAAGUAUGCAGAGGAGCUCCGCCAAAAGCCAGCCUCGACUCUCAAUGCUCUGGAGGCAACCUUUUCAGAUCAUGUUGGAGAAUAUACGACUAUUCUGACUGAUUCUCAUCUACAUACGGAGACGAUUCAAAAACGGUUAACUCCAGCCAUUGGAAGACUCAUCCCUAAAAUCAUAUCCGAACUGGACUAUGCCUUCGACGUCGAGUUCCCAAAGUGUGAUAAUCGAUUUGUUGCAAUUAAUUCCUACGAAGUCUUCCUGCGCCUCGUUGCCCGGGUGGGCGCUCGCAUCUUCAUUGGUGAUGAAUUGUGCCGUGAGGAAAAAUGGCUCGAGGCAUCGAUUGAUUACACCAAAAACAUCUUCUUGACCAUUGCUCUGUUGCGCCCUUUGCCUGGUUUCCUCCACCCUAUCGUCGGGCGUAUUCUUCCCAGCAGUAGAAGCCUGGACCGCCAGCUGAUUUACAUAAAAGAGGAACUCUUAGGACCUCUUAUCAAUAAGCGCCGAACCAUGGAGGCAGCCUCAGAUCCCAAUUAUGAGAAGCCUGAUGACUUUCUUCAAUGGAUGAUGGAUCUAGCAAAGACAGAGAAAGAGUCACACCCACACAAUCUGGCUCAACGGCUGCUUGGAAUCACAAGCAUGGCCGUCGUUCAUACAUCUGCCAUGAGUAUGACACACAUCUUGUACGACCUCCUUGUCAUGCCGCAAUGGGUGCAGCCGUUGCAAGACGAAAUACGAACGGAGGUUCCAGAUUGGAAUAAUAUCACUCAAGCCAAUUUGAACAAUUUGAGGGUCAUGGACAGUUUUUUGAAGGAAUCACAGAGAUUUAACCCCCCAGGAGAACUCUCUUUCCACCGCGUUGUGAAACACGAUCUGACUUUGUCCGAUGGGCUACUUCUCCCCAAGGGCACUCAUAUCUGUAUGGCGGCCGGUCCCAUCUCGCGAGAUCCUGCAGUGAUCGAAAAUCCCGAAGUAUUUGACGCCUUCCGAUUUCUGAAACAGAAAGUUCCGGCAUCUAGAUUUGUGAGUACUGGUCCGAGUCAUAUGCAUUUUGGUUUGGGCCGAUAUGCCUGUCCUGGGAGGUUUUUUGCAUCAGUUGUGAUGAAGUUGAUCUUGAGUCGAUUUCUGGUGGAGUAUGAAUUCCAUUUCGCCCCUGGCCAAACGGAGAGGCCACGGAAUCUUUUGAUUGGAGAUAAGAUUGUGCCAAAUGUCUCUACUCCGAUAUUUAUCAAGAAAUGGGUUUCGGAAAUAUGA